CUAAUGUUCGAAAAAGACUUUACAGUUUAUACUGUCACGGCUGCAAAAUGUCUAUUGCCUGGAAUACUCCAUCUAUAAAGAAGACAGCAUAUGAAUAUGCGAUUCGUUUUUUCACAAGAACAUGCGGUCGUAAGAAAAAGAGUAACUUUUAUGCGGUUUUGGCCAUCACAAAGGCACUACUACCAAGUUUAACACAGUUUGGAAUUUCUAUUAUUACUUCUAAGAAAUUUCAACUUAAAUUUAGUUUUUUUUAACAGCUUUCAUCUGAAAAUGUUAUCUUAUAUUUUGUGCAACACCACUUUUUAAAUCACUUUAGAAACCGUAAGUUUUUGCUAUAUCGAACGAUCACUGGCACCGUUGGUGACUCAAAAUCAAAGCCAUAGGCAAUAUAUACACAGAUGAUACAUGAUGUGAAUCAUAUAACAAUGCAAAACACAAAGUCAACUAAAGUCUAAAGAUAAAUCAAAUUUUUAAUGGUUCCAGAAGUUUUAAUUAAAUCAAAUGGCAUAUGUCUAGUUAUAGUUUCAUUCCUUGGAUAUAUUUCAAUAUGAAAAAAAAAAAAAAAACAGAAAUGUACUAAUAAAAGCGGGAACCCAAACAACUCGGUUCUUCGUGUCUGCAUGGUAAUCUAAUCCCUGCGUACGAAAAGUUGUCCUAAUCUCUCUCUCUUCUUUCUCUUUACCGAUCAUCUUCAUCUUCUUCUCUCGCAAUGGCGACUCCAAGAUCACCGGCGACAGAUUUCUUCGGAAUCUCAAAGACAGCAUGCAAAGCAUACAAGUCCCUCGUCACCAAAUUGCACCCUCUCUCUUCUCAUCGCAAAUCCGACUCCAACGCCGAUUCCGCAAACCAUCUGGAGGAGAAAUUCGCGGAGGAGGAUGACCUGAUCGCUGCUAGAAAAGGUCUACGGUUACAAAGCAUGGACGAUAGCUCCGUCUUCAAACGCCGUUCUUCUUCUCUGCGAUCAAACUCCACCAGCAGCCGCCGCAGCCACACGCCGCAAGCUCGUCCGACCUACCUCUCCUACUCCUCCUCCUCUUCCAACCGCCGAUCUUUUUUCUCAAGAAGCACCAGCCGCGGUCACAAAUCGCGCCCCGUCUCGAACAACGCGAGCCCCAUGACGUCGUCACCGAGCCCGACAGGGAAAGAUCAGACGUUAGCUGAUUUGUUCGGGGACGUGGAAGGACUCACCUCUCCUCCUCCUCCGGCUACGAUUACGAAGAGCCGUAGCAAGAGAGAUAAAGAGAACAGCGGCUCUGCAACGUUUAGGAAGAGCAAGAGCACGAGGGAUACGGCUGGUUCGAUGGGGAGGAGCAUAAGCAGGAGGAGCUCAACGCCGAUUGUUUUCUCUCAGUCCACGCCGCCGAAGAAGCCGCCGGCUGUGGAGAAAAUGCUUGAGUGUACGUUGGAAGAACUCUGCCAUGGGGGAGUCAAGAACAUCAAGAUCACUAGAGACGUCAUCACCGAUGAAGGAUUGAUUAUGAAACAAGAAGAGACGUUAAGAGUAAACAUCAAACCAGGAUGGAAGAAAGGGACCAAGAUCACAUUCGAAGGAGUAGGGAACGAGAAACCUGGCUACCUCCCGGAAGACAUCAUAUUCGUUGUUGAAGAGAAGAGACACUCUCUGUUCAAAAGCCGUGGAGAUGACUUAGAGAUUGCGGUCGAGAUCCCUCUCCUAAAGGCUUUAACGGGGUGUAAUCUCUCUGUGCCGUUGUUGAGUGGUGAGUCAAUGUCAAUAUCUGUAGGAGAAGUGAUCUUUCAUGGAUUCGAGAAGGCGAUCAAAGGUCAAGGUUUGCCAAAUGGUAAAGAAGAUGGUAGACGUGGGGAUUUGAUAAUAACUUUCUUAGUGAGUUUCCCUAGAGAGUUGAGCGAAGAGCACAGAUCAAUGGCCUAUGAGGUCUUAAAAGAUUGUUCUUGGGCAUAAUUGUUGGUGAUUAUGGUGUCCCUUCCAUUCACUUCAUGUCUUUGUGUGUAUUCUUGUUUGUAUAUAAGAUUCACAAGUUGAGGCUUUAAAGUUGUGACUUGUUGACACUAGGCUGAUUUUAUCUUGCUGUGGAUGAUACCAAUUGUUCUUUUAGUUUAUUUCAAGCUUGUGAAGUAUGAAUUGCAUGAUUGGUUACCAAAAUAAGGGUUAUUUAUAUUAAACAAUAACCAACAAAAUAUUCAACGACCGCAUAGCGCAGUGGAUUAGCGCGUCUGACUUCGGAUCAGAAGGUCGUG